AUGCCCCAGUUGAUUCACAAGGAUGCCAGAAGACAGCUGAUGAGAGCCAGUCACCAGAGGUGAGAGAAGAUGAAAUUGGCAGUCCAGUGGGGUGGGGUAAGGGAAGAUCCGACACAGUGGUCUCCUCGGAGACAACUAAGCUGAUUCAUGAGAAGUAGAAACGUUUUGGGUAAAAAUUCUGCACAGCCCCAUACUGUUGUAAAACAAAUCUGUUUUCCUAAUGGCAAUGUAUUGUUUUUGUCAUUGUUUUCUCUAUCCAAGAACUGAAUGCAUGAUGUAGAAUGGGGCUGUGUAGAAAUUUUACCACUUUUUGCUUGGUCAGUGUCAACACAUUCAUUUACCCUCAGCAAUUGAUUGCAUCCCACUUUUCAUUUGAGUUAUAAGAUAAAUUAUGACAAAUAGUUCAACAGCUAUAUGUUUAACCCUUUACACCCCAACAUUAUAGUAUGCAUAGUCUCCAUACUGUUCUCCCCACAUAUCCUAAGGUAACGACAAUGAGAAUUUGUGUACCAAUCAGGAGCUUCUUUGCUUGGUGAUCGUUUCCUUUUUUCUCAAGGGUUCAAGGGUUAUAGAGUAAUGAGAAAUUAGAUGUUAGUCACUCUUAAGGGUUAAGGUGGGUGAGGAUCAGUUUGCAGAGUAUAGCAGUGCAUGCGCAAGUUCCCUUUUAAAAGUCAAUUGCAUGCCAAAAUUGCUGCAUUGUGUCAAGAUCUGCCAUACUCUGCAGCCUGGGAUGAGGUUUAGGUCUCCUCAUAAGAACCUGGACAACUGGACCAGUCUUUUUUCAGAUAUCUUGCCUUACUGAUGUUUAUUUGUCAAAUUUUUUGUGAUGAUUUUGGUUUCUUUUUUUCUCACUUGCAACAAUAGAGAUCUUCAUGUAUGAGCUACUGGGAUAAAAGUUGUAAGGAUACACCCUCAUCCUGGCAACCAUUCUUAAAUUUCCCAUUUAACCCUUUAAACCCAAAGGAUGAGUAACAUCUAAUUUCUCCCUACAAUAUCACUCCUGAAUCACACAUUAAGGUCAUGAGAAUUAAGGAAAUGGUCAUCAGGAAAGAACCCUUUUGAUUGGCAAACAAAUUCUCCUUGUCAGCACCUUAGGAAAUGUAUAAAGAACAGUGUGGAGAAUAUACAUACUGAUGUUAGGGUGGAAAGGGUUAAAGAGUAGCCAGUCAGAAAUCUUACCUUGCAUAUAGGGUGGAAAUUUCCCUUCUAAUCAGCAGACAAAGUCUGCUGAUUAAGCUUGCCACAUCAUCAGACUCAACUGAAGAGUUUGUUCAGAAGAAAGAGGGUGCUUACAAAUAUUAGUUAAUAAUUCUACCACUGUCCUAUCACAAACAAUGAAAACUAAUUGACUAUGCCGCAUACUAUCUGAAAUUUACGAGGAGAAUUUGUUUGAUAAUCAGGAGCUUCUAGAAUUGGACAUCAUUUCCUUAAUUCUCAUGAUUCUAAAUAUUUGAUGCUAGGGUGAAACUGUUAGGAGAAAUUAGAAGCCCGUCACUCUUAGGGGAAAGAGGGUUAAGACAGUCCAGUAUCAAUGGUUCAUCUCUCCUCACUUUUGCUGACAGUCUGAUAUCAAGUACUUAUCUCCCUCAUGCUGUCAAGUCAAACAAAAGACCAAGUUACUUUUGCUGCAAUGAAAAAGUUAAAGGCUUAUGAGUUAAAAAUAGAGAACAUUCUUACAACAUCAACAAGCAAAAUUGGCCAGUGUAAAGGCUAAAAAGCUGACAUUUCGAGCAUUAGCCCUUCAUCAGAGCAAUUGGAGGACUUGUGGGUUGUGUGUGGGUUUAUACGCAGAAAGUGGAACUACACUAUUGUUCAUAGAAUUUCUAACAGACCAAGAUCGGUCAAAAAACGUACUAAACUGCCAGAGGAAACUAGAAUUGCUGUAGAAAGCUGGUGAAAAGUGAUUUUGAAUGAUGCCAAGUUACACAAAUUCUCUCCACCAGGUGUUUUGCUCCUUCCUUGCCAAAGCCUUUUCACUUACUGCCACAUUUUAGAGACCCAGCUAUUGUGCAAGUUCCAAACAACUUUUACAAAUAUUCUGAAAUGAACAGGCUUUUGUUCCUUCCUGACUUUCAAGGAGCAGAAUGCAAAAAGGAAAACUUUAAGGACUUUCAGACCUAGGUUCAAGAUUCUCUAGAUGCAUAGCAAACCUUGACUAUCAUAUGCUGUUUACCCAUAACCCACAGUUAAAUAAUUAGAGUGUAUGGUUUCAGAGACUAAAUGAGUGAAUUCUUUUUCUGUUUUGCAGAGAGGAGUGGGAUGAACUGAAUGUAUUGUUGGUUGGAUUUGCUCAACAGACAUGUGUUCCUGUAACUCCAAUGUGCGAGUUCUGUCUUAACUCCAAGAUCUGUCCUGAAGGUCGAAGAAGGAGCAGAGGAAAAGCUGAGGAGGAAACUAAGAAAAAACUUUCACCCAGAAAGGAUAGAAAGGACACUAAGACUUAA